UGGCCCUGCUGUCCUCGCCGGGGCCGGAGAGCGUGCAGAACCGGGUGGCCCGCACCCUCGCCAACCUGGCGCUGGAGCCUGAUGGUGCCCAGGACGUCCUCGAUGCUGGUGCCGGUCCCCUCCUGGUGUCUCUGGCCGCCUCCUGCGGCACCCCCGAGUGCCUCCACAGCGCUGCCCGUGCCCUCCGCAUCUUGGGGGCCGCCCCGGCCCCCCGACGAGCCCUGGGACGAGCCGGUGCCAUCUUGGCCCCCCGCCUGGCCUCCCUCUCCCCAACCCCCCCCGCUUGCCUGGCCCUUGCCCGAGCUCUGAGGGGUCUCACUGACAGCCCCGGCCCCUCAGCUGACGACGUGGCCCCCGCUUUACCCGUCUUAGCCGCCCUGGCGGCUCACGCCAAGCGGGACCACCGCCAACCCGCCUUGGGAGCCAUUGCCAAUGCCUGCGCCCGAGCCCCUCUCCGACCUGCCCUGGGGGCCGCUGGGGCAGUGGAAGCAGUGACGGAAGAGGUGAAGAGAGCAUUGGCAUCACCAAACGUUGCUGGUGCCACCGUAGCAGUCCGGGCACUCUGCCUGCUGUGCCGGGAAGCUGUUAACCGGGCGAGGAUACGGGCGGCCGGAGGGUUGGGGCUGCUCCUGCGCCUCCUGGCUGAGCCCCGUGCCCGACCGUGGCGUCCCCGCGUCCUCCUGGCUUUGGCCGCUUUCGCCUACGACCAAGAAGCGUUGGUGGCCCUGGAGGGUGAGGGACUCCUGCGCAACCUGGGGGCGGCGGCAGCGGCCCCCUUCGGCGUGGGGCUGCUGACCCACAUGCUGCGCUGCGGGACCCCCCCAGCCCGCCUGGCCUGCGCCACCGCCCUGCCCCUGCUGACCAGGCCAUCGUCCCCGGCGCGGGGGUUGCUGUGGGGAGGGGGAGCGGUGGCCCUGCUGCUCUCGGCGGUGGCCCGGGGCCCCACGUCCCCCUACGAGCCACCCCCGGCCUUCGCCCUCUACGCUGCUGAUGCUAUCGCCCUCCUGCGGGGACAUGCUGGGGACACACCGGGGAACAUGAAGGAUAGAGCGGGGGACGGCAAGGACACACUGGGACAUGCCAAUGAUGAGCACCUGCAGGUGCACGGAGACGGGGACACCAAGGACUCGUGGGGACACGGAGAUGCUGAGGACCUGUGGGGACAGGCAGACGGAUGUGGGGACAGUGGCGACGUCCUUGAGGAGAACAGUGACCUGCAGAGACCUCUGGAUCAGCACAAGGACCUCAAGGACCCAUGGGGACACAUGGACACCUUUGGGGACGCUGAGGACACCUGGAGACACAUGGAUGGCCACACAACUUCUCCUGCGCAUGGACAUGAUGCCAAUGGGGACCUCGGGGAUGUCCAGGAGGACCUCAGGGACCUGGAGGAUGACUUUGGGGUCCCUUACAAGGACCUCGGGGACACCCAGGGCGACCUCAACAAUGGGGCAGACCCCUUUGGGGACCCUUCUGUGGAUGGUGGGGACCCCUUAGGUGAAGAUGAUGUGGACAUGGAGGUCAAGGGGCCUCUCUAA